UAAACUUUCUCAUUUUCCUCGACAACCAAGGCAACGAGAGAGAGAUUACAAAUUGACUUGGAUAACACAGUGCAUUUGACACUCCUGUGAGUAUAUAAGUCACUUCAUAUCGUCAUGAAGGAUGGUGAAGCAAGGAAUCCAGAUUUAUGCCAGAGCAAAGCCGACAAAGCAAAAAACAGGGCUUUAUGAAAUUUUUGAAGAUGAGAGUGGAAAUUCUUCUAUUUCCUUCACUGUUCCUAAAGACCUAGCUGAUGGCUACAUAAACAACAAGAGAGAAGUUUAUAAAUUUAGAUUCAAUAAAGUCUUUGAUCAAGACUGCAAGCAAGAUGAGGUUUUUGAAGAAGUUGCGCAAGGAGUUAUAGACAAUGUCUUGACUGGUUACAAUGGAACAAUCUUUGCAUAUGGUCAGACAGGAUCUGGUAAGACAUUUACAAUCACAGGAGGUGCUGAGCGCUAUGUUGAUAGAGGAUUAAUUCCAAGGUCCCUUUCUUACAUCUUUGAGUAUUUCGAGAAGCAUCCAGGCACAGUCUUCACUGCCCAUAUUUCUUAUCUUGAGAUCUACAAUGAAAGUGGGUAUGAUCUUUUGGACCCCAAACAUGAGGCUUGCAGGCUGGAAGAUUUACCCAAAGUGAACUUAUUUGAAGACAGCGACAAUAAUGUCCAUCUCAAGAAUCUUUCCUUACACCAAGCAAGCAAUGAAGAGGAAGCUCUCAAUCUAUUGUUUCUUGGGGACACAAAUAGGAUGAUAGCUGAGACACCCAUGAAUCAAGCGUCCACCAGAUCACAUUGUAUUUUCACGAUCCACAUCUCCACCCGUGACCCUGAGUCAGCGACCAUCAGACGAGCUAAGCUGCACUUGGUUGACCUUGCAGGGUCUGAGAGAGUUGGCAAGACAAAUGUCGGGGGAACCCUGCUAACAGAAGCCAAGUAUAUCAAUUUGUCGCUUCACUACCUUGAACAGGUGAAUUUACCACAGAUUUUUGAAAAGAUUCUUGGAGGGAACUGUAUGACGUCCAUGAUAGCAACUUGCUCCCUUGAUAGGAAAAACUUAGAUGAAUCCAUUUCAACUUGUAGAUUUGCUCAGCGAGUGGCCAUGAUCAAGAAUGAUGUGCUUCUCAACGAGGAGAUUGAUCCUAAACUGCUGAUUGCACAACUCAAGGCGGAAGUGCAGAGACUAAAAGAUGAACUUGCGAUGUCCACGGGACAAGAAUAUACUGGCGAGCUAACGGAAGAUGAACUGGAUAGACUGCGCAGAAUGGUGAAGAGUUACAUCGAGGAUUCUGAUCCAGAAUCAUUCCUCAGUGUUGGAGCUGACAUGAGAAAGAUCAACUACUGCUUCCAGCUACUCAAAAGUCACGUAUUGGAGAAGAGCAAGAAGAACCCGUCUCCUCCCCUACAAAGGACUCCAGCAAUCGAUGGCGUCUUCGAUAGCAGUUACUUAGGCAACCAUACUGAAGUGAACAAACUUAAGGAGCUCAUUCGACAGCGAGAUAAUGAGAUCAAUAUCCUUUAUCAUCGGUUUGAAAAGAGGCUGAACUGGGAAACUACUGGCCUGACUAGCCGCGUCGCGUUGUUCGCAAGCGCGACUGUGGAGAGAUUCACAAACCUGUUUAAACUGGAUGAACUAGAUGAGAGUUUAGAGUUGACUGGGGAAGAGCACUGCCCAUGCCUCACGAACACGCACGAGGAAGAAGAUGCGCUUAUCGGACAGAUGGAUCGAGAGGCGACUCUCACACUCGGAAAAUUGUCGGCCGAUGUGGAGAAUUUUACGCUGAAAGAACUGAAGCAGAUUCACAGGCGUUCACGAGUGGCUAUCGAGGCUGGAAUGACAAAUAACUUGCAUGUUCACAAGCAUAUUAUCAAAUUGUUGGAAAGUCAUGUCGUGUUUGACUCGGAACGGCAUCAGAUGCGGCUGUUGGAUAUCGCUCGAAAACAAGUGAUGACAGGUUACAAAACAGCGUUAGAGCGCUGUUCCACUUCUCACGAUAGGCUUAGGGACGCCGAGAAACAAAGAUUACAAGCUGAGGAGGAUUAUAUCGAAGCUGUGAUGGAAUUGAAUCGAGCUGAACAAGAGAAAAAGAAAGUUAUAGCUGUGAUUGAAACCCAACAAGGUGGCGGGAGUAGAAGGAGAACGACUUCUAUAGGACAUAUCUUAGUGGGCAUGCUGAAGAAGGAGAAGAAGCGCACGGCUGAGUUAGAGAAGCAAGGAGGGGGCCGACUCUUGGACGGUACAAGCGCGGCACCGGAUGGGAUCAGGCGGAGCGCUAGUCAGCCGCAAAGUGACGACUCAGAGAAUGAAUUGUCGAAUAUGAGAGCAGCGAGCAGAACACGUGUGAGAGACAGGCCGUCGUCUGAUACCAUUGAGAAUCGUCAGCAUCCUCAAGCACCUGUUGAUGAUUCAACCAAUCACAGACCUCCAUCUGCUUACAGAAGGAGACUUGAUGAGAUGUCUGUUGGGCGAAAAGAAGCUUUUGAAACGUUCCGCCGAGACUAUCCUUACAACGGCACGAUAGAGGAAAAUAAACAAACACUCAAGCAAAGGUACGCAGAGGCCAAAAGACUUGGAGAGCAAGUGAAUUCUUCACGACAAAAGAUCAAUUCUAUCAAAACGCAAAUCGAGCAACAAAGAGUUCGCCGAUCGAUGCAAGGGUUUGUUAACGGUACUGAAGGAAUGGAAGAUGUGGAUCCUGCAGAAAAGAGCCUGAGGCAAGCCAUUGAGGAAGAGAAAGCGAAAUAUAAGGACAGUUUCACUCGUCUUCGAUCCCUGAAAACUGAGAUCGAGCAUCUUCAACAUUUGCUGGAGAAAGCCAAAGUCAAAAUGCAGAAAGAUUUCGAAAUAUGGUGGGCAGAACAAGCGGCUUUCAACCAGCCACCCGAUGAAGUCCGAGCAGCAUGGAAGACUCCUCCGAUAUCGCCCGUCAGACCUCCAUCCGCUUCUCGAAGACGUGAUCCAGAUCCGGGUGGCACGUCGAAUCCCCGAGGAGAUGAAUCAUCUCGCAAUGCAAGACCCGCGAAAUUCGUUUCCAAGUUGCGAGCUGAGGCACAGCUGGCGGCUAUAGGAGCCGUGUCAUCAUCUGUCAGUCGGCCCCCAGAUCACCCCUCAAACUCAGACAGUGGCCUCAGUAGCUGGAAUCCAUCCGCAGCGACUUUUCAAGCGGCGGAGGAGUCGAGCAUAGGCUACGUUAGACGAAGUAAAUCAGGUUCGACAAGUGAUGUAAGUUCAAGUUCAGGAUCAGUAAAGCUAACUGGUGAUACCAGAGCUGAUGCCGACAUCUUGGCUUUCAUAAAAGCCAGGCAAAACCUUCUUCAGCAAAGAGGGCAUCCCUAGCAAAGGAAUAAUACAUCAUUUGAGCAUAGGAACUACGUUCACUGGAUUGAUCUCACCCACCACCCAAGGCAUCUUACAACAGAGCUGAAAGAAAGUCAACGAUAAAGAAAUGGCAUUUUCCAUUUCAUUGCCUGGUAACUACGGCAAGACUGCUUUGAGUCGUCAUUCUGCUGUCCUAAAAUCAGACAGUCUGGAGAUGAGAAAGAGGCAAAGAACGUUAAGUAAUUAUUGAAAUCCUAUAAACCUUAAAAUCACUGCACCAACUUCUGUUUGUACAAAAAUAGUGAAAAACGAGAACAAAUUGGCCCCAGAAAUUAUAAACUGCACCAUUUUGUUAAAAAUUAAAAAUGACCUUCAGAUUUGA